AUGCCCCCUCUCAGACUCCUGGCCCUGCUGGCUGGCCUUCUGGUGUCCGCAAGGGCUGGCUUGGCACCCCUUGUGGACAUUGUGGGUGGCCGGAAGGCUAGGCGCCUUGAGUUCCCGUUCCUGGCCUCGAUUCAGAACGAGGGGAGGCACUUCUGCGGGGGCGCCCUGAUCCACACACGCUUCGUGCUGACUGCAGCCAGCUGCUUCCGGAACCUGAACCCGGGAGUAGCCAUGGUUGUGCUGGGAGCCUAUGACCUGAGGCGGCGGGAGCGAUCACGGCAAACAUUUUCCAUUGGGAGCAUCAGUGAGAACAGAUACGACCCCCAGGAGAACCUGAAUGACUUGCUGCUGCUGCAGCUGGACCGUGAGGCCAACCUUACUAGCAAUGUGGUGCUGGUGCCACUGCCCCCACAGAAUGCCAUGGUGGAAGCCGGCACCAGCUGCCAGGUGGCUGGCUGGGGGAACCGAAAGAAUGGGGGGCGCCUCUCUCGCUUCCCAAGAGUUGUCAAUGUGACCGUGACCCCUGAGAAUCGGUGCCGCCCUAACAAUCUGUGUACUGGUGUGCUCACCCGCCGGGGUGGAAUCUGCCAGGGGGAUGGAGGCACCCCGCUCAUCUGCAACGGCCUGGCACAUGGCGUGGCCUCCUUCUCCCCGAAUCCCUGUGGCAAGGGCCCUGACUUCUUCACCCGAGUGGCGCUCUUCCGAGACUGGAUUGAUAGUGUUCUAAACCCCCCAGGACAAGGGCUGGCCUGAGCCCAGCGUUGACUACCCUGAGCACCUUUCCUCCGUGGCCUGUGCCUACAUCACUCAGCCUUUAUUGUCUUCCGCAUGACUCUGGAAUGAGCCAUCUAUGCCCAGCCUCUGUGGUUGUGACU